CUGUGAAUUAGAGUAUUAGAAUCACAGUGGACUACAACCAACACCCUUCUCUCUCUCUUUUUCUCUCUUCUCCUCCUCCUUUAUAUGUAUCCAUCUGGAGUCAAUACAUUUCAGGGCUCAAAAGAGAUAGAGAAUUGAGUCCAUUCCUAUAGUUUUAGAAUCCCAUACCACAAGAUGAUCGAUCAUAGAAUUUUAAUGGCGUCUCCACCAGACACCAGCAAGCUAGAGCGUUACAACAGCUACCUCCGCCGCAUAAACAACACAAAACUCUUAGCAGCCUCAUCCAAGCUCCUUUUCCGAGCAACCCUUUUCGUAGCCCUCAUUCUCGUCUUCUUCUUCACUCUUAAUUACCCAACACUUUCCGAUAAUCCCCACCGUCUCCACGUUCAUCAGAACUUCCUCACCUCCUCCUUCAAUGGUGAAAGCACCGCCGCCUGGGAAAAACAGGCCCUUCACUCCUCUACCCCUCGUCGACCCAACGGCUUCUCCGUUCUAGUCACCGGCGCAGCCGGUUUCGUCGGAACCCAUUGCUCCCUCACAUUGAAGAAGCGUGGCGAUGGGGUCCUCGGCCUCGAUAACUUCAACUCCUACUACGAUCCAUCCCUGAAACGAGCCCGUCAAGCUCUGCUCACCAAACACCAAAUCUUCAUCGUCGAUGGAGAUCUCAACGAUGCCCAAUUGCUAUCCAAGCUCUUCGAUAUCAUCCCAUUCACUCACAUCCUCCACUUAGCAGCCCAAGCCGGAGUUCGAUACGCCAUGAAAAACCCCCAAUCCUACAUUCGCUCCAACAUCGCCGGUCUCGUGAAUCUGCUGGAAAUCGCCAAAUCGGCAAAUCCACAGCCAUCCAUUGUGUGGGCUUCAUCGAGUUCCGUCUACGGUCUCAACACUCAGAAUCCCUUCUCCGAGUCCCACAGAACAGACCAACCGGCGAGUCUCUACGCCGCCACCAAGAAAGCCGGAGAAGAGAUAGCUCACACAUACAACCACAUCUACGGGUUAUCCAUCACGGGUCUCCGGUUUUUCACGGUUUACGGACCUUGGGGCAGACCCGACAUGGCUUACUUCUUCUUUACCAAAGACAUAUUACAUGGGAAGCCAAUUACGAUCUAUAAGACCGCGGACGAUAAGGAGGUGGCGCGUGAUUUCACGUACAUCGAUGACGUCGUGAAGGGGUGUUUAGGCGCGUUGGAUACGGCGGAGAAGAGCACUGGUAGUGGCGGGAAGAAGAAAGGGAAAGCGCAGCUCAGGAUUUACAAUUUGGGUAACACGUCUCCGGUGACGGUGGAAAGGCUCGUGGCGAUACUAGAAGGGUUGUUGAACGUGAAGGCUAAGAAGCAGGUGGUGAAGAUGCCUAGUAAUGGGGACGUGCCGUUCACUCAUGCUAACGUAAGCCUGGCAUAUAGGGAUUUCGGGUACAAGCCUACUACUGAUUUGGGAACUGGGUUGAGGAAGUUCGUCAAGUGGUAUGUUGGGUAUUAUGGGAUUCAUUCUAGGGUAAAAAAGGAAGUAAAUAAUGAUUCACAUUCUUCAUAGAACAAUUUUUAGUUAUUUAUUUAUUUUAAAUUACUCCGUUUUCUUUGUUCAAAGCUGUUCAUUAAUGGAUGUUGUAUUAUAUAGAGAAGAAGAUAAAUGAGAGCAGAGGGGGGAGGAGAGGGAGAGGAAGAAGGAAGGGAAUUGAAAGGUUGGGGGUGAGGGGGAAAAGGGUUUGCAUGUAAUAAACGUAAAGAUGAAGUUUGGGUAGCAAAAGGGGAGUUGAUUCUGCCAGAACGGGUGCAGGUCGACUGUCCAUUUGGAAUCAAAACAUUUGUGAUUUAACAAGAAAGCUGGUGUGAUGACACAGUGAUAUGCUUCUUCA